AUGAUUGGAGCAUCUGGUCUCUCAGGGGACACCCUGAUAGCGUGCCACUUCCCUGUGGUUCAGCUGCCCACUUGGCAACUUCCUGUCCAGGCCCUGUGCAGCUCAGCCAAGAGGCCCGGCCGGCUGUGCUCAGUGGGCCUGACCCGAGCUGUGUCCCUCCCGGAACAAGAGUCGCUGAACCGAGAUCAUGCCUUCACCGGUGGCCGCAGAUAUUUCUCCAGCAGCUACAGUAGUCUCAACGAGGACCGGGCAGAGGAGGAGGGCGGCAGUGAUAGCAGCGGGAGGUACGACUCCACCUCGUCACCAGAGGAGAUGAGUUCCCAUCUGAAGAAGGAAAGCUCUGGAGCUAGAGGCAUUCUGCGGUCACACAACUCAUUCCUUCCCAAUAUAGAGCUAGAUGAGGAUGAGGAAGAUGAAGAUAGUGAAGGAGGUAAUCUACACAGAUAUCAUGAGGACUCAUCUUUUGUGCUGCAUGGAAAUUCUAACUGGCCUCUAAGUAAUGGUGCCAGAAAUUAUACAAUGUCCUACGGGGACAUGGAGAGUGAAUGGGGCAAUGAAGGAACCAUUUUGGGCAGUGAGAGUGACCAAGAGUGGCUCUGUAACCAGCCUAACCAGGCAGACUUACUGCAAACUGAAUGCCAGUGCUUUCAUGUGGGCAGAUCUGGCAUCACGGUGUUGGCUUAUGGAGAGCAGGACUCUGACAGACUGAAGGAUAAAAUGUCCUGCUGCAUCCACAGCCAACACAAAUGUGCCCCAGAGCAGUUCUCCAACAGCCACACAGAGAAUGUCAGCGACUCUUCCUGUAACAGCUCUGACGGCGUCUUAGUUAACUUCUGCACUAUCUAUAACCGGAGCAACAACCCUGCCACGCCUCAUGACCUCAGCAGUCCUGCUGUUCACCCCUCUCAGUCAUCUGAGGGAUCCGUGUUCCUCAACCUCCAACCUGUUCCCAAGACUCCAGCCGACGACCUCCAUCAUGAGGACAUGGCAGUUUACGCUUCCCCAAAGGAGGAGAAUGACAUGACGCCCUUUGCUUCCUGCUGGUCUCCUCAGGGCCUCGACUCUAACUGCAACCUUUACUCCCUGGAGCCGCUACCCCCGGGUCUCUCCUCACUGGAGGUAUCAGACUUAACUGCCUGUCUCCAAAGCCAGGCCACAUUGGCCAUUGGAACCAACCAGAAGUACUACAAGCUUGUGACUUGUGACCUCUCCUCCCAGUCACCCAGCCCAGCCUGGUCAAGCCUCACCAGCUGCCCCGAGGGUCAGAGCAGAAUUAGCCCCUUCCCUCCCUCUGAGCACCUCUUUGUAGAUCAUAGGAAAGACGGACAAAACAAAGAAGUUAAGAAGGAGACAGAGGAUCAACAAAAGCAAAAUAGGUUCUCCCCUGCACAGUGUAGCGCCGGGUUUGACUGCUCUCCGUUUCAGACCUAUGAUUACCAGGUUGCCACCGCCUCCACCGAGAAAGCCCUCUGCAGGAAGAAACAUACAGACAGCAUCCAAAACUCCUCUCAUACACCUUGUUUGCUGUGCCCCAGCCAGUGUAGCCCACAUAGCAGUGGAAGCCAAGGCACGAGCGCUGCAACCACACAGCCAUCUGUGAUUCUAGACCAGGAGCACUGUGAUACUGAUGCUGCUGAGAAGGGAGCCUGUUCAUUGGAACCUGCAGUGGUGCGCUACAGUAAGGCCCAGAGACCAACCUCGCUGCCCAUACAGCCCUUUGUUCUGGUCCCCACAGGCAAACCCCAGGCCCAGCACUUGGGCUGUCUUCUGGAGCAGUACAUGAAUCAGAAGAGCAGCAAGUCUGGUAGCUCCCAGCCAGGCUUCAAGUUCAAGGGCAAACGGAGUCAAGGCUUUUCUGAUCUUCAGCUAUCACCAAUGGGCAGCCACUACCCCAUCUUUCUGGAGGCUCCUUCGAGCUCUGAUACCUGCUCCACCUGCACGCCGAGUCCAGAGUGCUUCAGCCGCAGACAUACAUGGAGCCGGUCCAGCAGAAGUCAAGGACUCCCCAGUCCAUGUACAUCAAAAAGCAGCCUGGGUCCACCUUACACCAGCCCAAAGCCCAGACUGGUUCAGAUGCAAGAUAAAACAAGCCCACACUCUGGAAAAACUCAGACUAACACUUUUUUAAAUCCGAUCCCAGACCCAAAUCAGUCUAACCUUGUUAAGAUUCCCACCUACCAGGACCUUAUUAACCUCAGUCCUGAGCAGAGCCAUGCCAACACUGAGCCCCACUGUCCCAAUCACUCACAGACCCACACUUCCUACCAUUCAGUUUUCUCUCAUACACCACCCACUUUACCCCUAACCACUGAGACCCAUCACCAAAAUUUGCAGUUGUCUGUGUCUCCUUCCACAACCUUACAACCAGAAAAGGAGUUCCCUCAGGACCGGGCCGCACCUGCUGACUCUGGCUUUUUUUUUAACAGUAGUUUUACAGCUGCCCUCUCCUCUAUAGCGCCUCUCUCCUCUCUGAGUUCUUUGCUAUCCUUUGCUGCUUCUGGGCUGCAACCACAGCAUAUCCAGGACCCUGUAGGGCUCAGUGGGAAGCCGAGUCAGAAUCAACACAGUGAAUCGCUGAUCCUGAGUGACAGGCCGCCCACAGAGUUUUGCCUCUCACCCGAUACAUCUUAUGAGUCAAUGUCUAUCAGCCAUCUUCAGAGGAGAGGUUUGCUGAGGUCUGUGAGCAGGGCGGUGGAUUUGAUCAUGGCUCAUUUUGGCAGCAGCAGAGACCCCGACGAAAAGAUGCGUCUGGGUAACAGCUCUCGCAGUCCCACAAUCGCCGGUCUGGUCCUGGAACAUUUGUGUCCCUCGGUCCAGAAUAUUUUAGAGGACGGUCUUCGGGAUCACAAACUGGAUCUCAUCAUCGGGCAGCGCCGCAACCACUCCUGGAGUGUGGUGGAACUCUCUACUAGGAUCGGUCCAUCCACCAGGGUCCUUCACAGCCUGGUCUCAAAAAUCAGACAAUGUCCUCAGCUCACCAGCCACUGCAUGAGACUGAGAGCCUUCAUCAUGGGCCUGCUUAAUCUGAGAGCUUUGGAGUUCUGGCUUAGUCACCUUCAGAGUCAAAAAGAUGUGGUGACCACAUACUACCAUUCUUGGGGGUUCCUGUCCAUGUCACUGGGUCAUUGUCAGCCCUUGUUUCAGGAGCUGCUACUUCUUCUGCAACCACUCUCUGUGUUGCCCUUCGACCUCAGCUUGCUCCUGGAGCCCCGACUGCUACAUAACAGACAGCUGUGUUCGGAGGAUGAAGGUGUUUCUCCACCUCCACCAUGCUCAGCGCUCUUAGCGACCAGCUGGCCACUACUGCAAGUUGACAAAAAGGCUGACAGCAGCCGCAGCGGUCAGCAAACAAUGAUUUCAGGUCUGCAUCACCAAGAGUCGCUCAGUUCUCAGAAUUGCAUUAACCAGGAUUGCGAAGGGAUGCAGGUCAGCAGGAGUCCAUUGUUAGCUCCAAUUGGUGGUGGCAUCCAGUGGUGGCAAAAAGAGCCUGACCUUAUGGAUGGUGUGGUUGAAGGGGAGGACUGUAGCCAGAAUAAUAAUGCAGAUACUUGGUCUCAAAUAAGUAUGGACAGCAGGCAAGAAGAGAGGAGGGGAGAGAAAGACAAUGAGAGCCCAAAUGCAUUAACUUGUGUCCAGGCUGAAAGUCCAUGUCAGGGUGGGCUGCGCUGGGCCAAACUGUUUGGAGCAGCUGAUACCAGGACAGCAACAGUUUCUCAGAGUCACAUUGAAGCACAAUACAGAAGGUACAGACGGCCAUCACAGUGGCUGCAUUUGGAGAGAUUGCAGCUUGGACUGUUGGCUCAAUCCAUCAGGUCAAUGAAGCUAGGGGGUUCUCAGACUGACAAGGACUGCUGAAAGCUUGACACCCUAUGUGGCUGGAGGACAGAGUGGAGGCUAUUUACUGUAAAAACAAAAAGUCUGGACUGCAUGAUAAUACAUACACAGUGCUCGAUGCUGCUGAUCUGAGCAGAAAACACAUAAAAUACAGGAUUGACAGAUAUGGCAAUGGCCCGUAUUCAUCAAGCUUUGUGUUGCACCAGCUUAUUCGUGAAUCCAUUGCUAAGUUUGUGUGUCCUUUCUAAUUUCUGAACUAUCAGCUAGUUUCAAAAUAAAUCAAGCUGCACCAUUAGAAUGGCUCAACUAACAGGAAGUCGCUGUCAUAACUGCAAAAAUAACUUUGUGUCCAAUUUAUAUUUAAUAUAACAGCUAAUCCUUUGUAAAUGUUAGGAUUACUUUCAUUUAUUUAUACAAGCAUACAUUUAGAAAUUUUAGAGUUAGUUAGUAGAUUUUUGCCUCUCUGAAGAAUUUGAGGUAACUAUAUUCUGUUACUUUGUGAAGUGUAAUUUAAAAGUCCUCCCAGUGUGUCAUUAUACAGUGUUUAGAUUAACUGCCUGGUCACAUAUGCCAACUGUUCAUAUUAUCUCCUACUU